CGCGUUUUGUCUUUUUUAAUGAGCAUUUUUUAGUUUUUGUGAUUUUUAUCAUUUAUGGCAAAACCGAAUUCUAGACAAUUGAUUACACGGCAAAACUGCUCGAGAAAAGGUACUUCAGCGAGGAGAGCAGACACAGUUCGGGACCCCAGUGACCCUGGCCCUGUCCUUACUGCCGGCCCGCAAGGAACCUCCCCCCACCGUGUGUCCUCCCCAGUCCUUUGCUGCACCCUCUCUCCCACCUCUGUGUCCUUGUGGCUCUCUGUAGUUGUUCUGAGCAGUGAGAUCACUUAGGGGGGCUUCUCUCUGGCAUUUUCUAGAAACCAGGUGGAGAUGGUAUUUUCACAACUCGAAUGCCCCCCGGCACCAGCCUAGAAGCUUCCUGUAGUCGUACGGCCUUGUUAUUCUCUCCCGCACUGGACUUGGCUUCUUCUGCUGCUGGACUUGGGUCACCCUCCCCGGCCCCAGGCACCAGGCACUGAGACCCGUGGGGCACCGGGGCAGGCGGGAGCCAGGUUGGCCUUCAUGGGCGUGUGGCCCGAGCCUGAAGUCACCACCCAUCUGCACGUGGGGCCUGACUCGGGCUGGCCUUUGAGCCCCACGCCGGCUGGUGCUUCCCUGGGUGGGGCUCACACCUCUGCCCAUAGUGAGGUGGCCCGGAAACACACCCCGACCCCUUGAGGCUGCUCGAGGGUUUCUGAACCCAGGUCAGGUUUGGCAAAGCCACGCUUCCCUCUGAAAUCAUUUUCACAGCAGAGGUUAGCAGUGGGCACAGGAGAAUCCAGGGCGUGACGCCAGAGUGCCUGAGGCGUCUGGCUCAGCUCCCCAGGGGUGCAAGGGCACUCCGGACCCGUGUGUACAGGGCGUAUGGCCCUGGGCCCCUCGGAGGACGUGCAGGCGUGCGGAAACACCGUCUGCCGAGGGCCACGCCGACCAGGGAGGAUCCGGCCGGAGACACCCUGGAUGCUUUCAGGAUUUAGGGGGAAGACUGAAGAAAGCCUAGUGACUGCACGGUUGGCUGUGGCCCGUUCCAGCCCCCCUUCCCCUGCACUCGCUGACUGUGCGGGGCGAGGCAGGGCAGACAGGGCGACCCCACUUGGCCGGGGAACGUGGGGAUCCCGUGAGGCCUGGGAAGUGGCGCUUCAUCUGGGGCCAGUCGGGGCACUCACCACCAGGGAGGCGCAGAAGUCCUGGGGAGGCCAGGCCAGCCAGACUCGAGGGCUCUGAUUCAGCUGUCCUUGGUGGACACCUGUGUCCUUGGCAGCCAGCUUGCCGCCCCUGGCCCAGACACCUCAGGCCCGCUGCUGGCCCCCUGCUGGCCCCCUGCUCGCCUUCUGAAGGUCAAGGUCGAGGGUGAGGCUUGCCUCCCGGGGAGGUGGGGCGGGGCGGGGCUGGCCUGGGUCUGGCCUUGCUGCUACCUCCUGCACCAGCCCUAGACUCCCGCACACACAGGGCCGCCCCCGCUCCCCUGCCACCACGUGUCCCAGGGUUGCUGCAGGCUGGGUCCUGCCCGGUCGAGCCCGGUCGGCAAAGGUUCGGGUUGUAAGGCACAUCCUCGCUCGGGGGCGGGGACAGAGGAUAUGGGUCAGAGGUCACACCUGCACAGACUAAAGGUGAGCAGACCCGGGAGGUGCUGUGGUCGAGCGUGGCCUUCUGGCACAGCCUAGGCUCGCGGGUCAGGACCACAGGGCACCCGCCUUGGUGCAGAAGUGGCGGUCACAGCUGGAGUCUGGCAAGGGUGAGAGCCACGUGGGUCCCGUGAGCCGCAGUCACAGAGGCCCAGGAGGCCGUUGGGAGCACGAGACAGAGGUUUGCAGGACUGGCGGCAGACCAGCCCCCAGGGCCCCGGCCUCGCACCUCGCGGACACUGGUAGCGCCUGGGGCGGGGUUCCCACGUGCCAGGAGGACCUUCAGGUCAGACUUUGACCCCGGCGCAGGCUUCAGUGGUCGCUCGAGACAAUUAAAGACGUGGGAUGAGGAUCCAGUGACAGGACGCGGUUCUGCCGGGGGAUUCUGAAGAUAAAACGCUUUGAAAAGUCGAAUUCAUGGUCGUGGAAGCUGAGCCCAUAUUAAGAAAUGUCAGGCGUCCGACCCCCGAUCAUGAACGGGCCCAUGCACCCCCGGCCCCUGGUAGCGCUGCUCGACGGCCGGGACUGCACGGUGGAGAUGCCCAUCCUGAAGGACGUGGCCACGGUGGCCUUCUGUGACGCACAGUCCACGCAGGAGAUCCACGAGAAGGUGCUGAAUGAGGCGGUGGGGGCGCUGAUGUACCACACCAUCACGCUGACCAGGGAGGACCUGGAGAAGUUCAAAGCUCUUCGUAUCAUUGUUCGGAUCGGCAGUGGUUUCGACAACAUCGACAUCAAGUCAGCUGGGGACUUAGGCAUCGCGGUCUGCAACGUGCCGGCGGCGUCUGUCGAGGAGACGGCCGACUCCACCCUGUGCCACAUCCUCAACCUGUACCGCAGGACCACCUGGCUGCACCAGGCGCUGCGGGAAGGCACACGGGUCCAGAGUGUUGAGCAGAUCCGGGAAGUGGCUUCCGGAGCAGCCAGGAUCCGUGGGGAGACCUUGGGCAUCAUAGGACUAGGUCGCGUGGGGCAGGCGGUGGCACUUCGGGCCAAGGCCUUCGGCUUCAACGUGCUGUUCUACGACCCCUACCUGUCAGACGGCACGGAGCGGGCGCUGGGGCUGCAGCGGGUGAGCACCCUACAGGACCUGCUGUUCCACAGCGACUGUGUCAGCCUGCACUGCGGCCUCAACGAGCACAACCACCACCUCAUCAACGACUUCACCGUCAAGCAGAUGCGACAAGGCGCCUUCCUGGUGAACACAGCCCGGGGCGGGCUGGUCGACGAGAAGGCGCUGGCCCAGGCCCUGAAGGAGGGGCGGAUCCGGGGCGCAGCCCUGGACGUGCACGAGUCGGAGCCGUUCAGCUUUAGCCAGGGCCCCCUGAAGGAUGCGCCUAACCUGAUCUGCACCCCCCACGCGGCCUGGUACAGCGAACAGGCCUCCAUCGAGAUGCGGGAGGAGGCGGCCCGGGAGAUCCGGAGAGCCAUCACAGGCCGGAUCCCCGACAGCCUGAAGAACUGUGUCAAUAAGGAUCACCUGACAGCGGCCACCCACUGGGCCAGCAUGGACCCGGCUGUGGUGCACCCCGAGCUCAACGGGGCCGCCUACAGCAGGUACCCGCCGGGCGUGGUGGGCGUGGCCCCCAGCGGCAUCCCAACCGCCGUCGAAGGCAUCGUCCCCAGCGCCAUGUCCCUGUCCCACGGCCUGCCCCCCGUGUCCCACCCGCCCCACGCCCCUUCUCCCGGCCAAACCGUCAAGCCCGAGGCAGAUAGAGACCACGCGAGUGACCAGUUGUAGCCCGGGCGGAGCUCUGCAGCCUUGGCGCCCUCGGACGGGUGGUGGCGGAGGCGGCGUCUGCGAGGCCACAGCGCUCCAGAGACUGUCCGGGCGCCGCGCGGGCGAGAGGCCGCUCCGCCCUCCCCGCGUCAGCCGUAGUCGUCCUUCCCCGAGGGCCAGCCGCUGUCCUGUGUUCUUUGCGUCCUCGUUAAGCAAAAGAAGUUUAGUAGUUAAUUCUAUCAUGAAUGUUCUUGUCCGUGUACAGUCUUUAGAACAUCACAAAGGAUCGGUUUGCUUAGCUGUCUACAGGAGAGAGCCCGAGGGGCCGUGCUCCGCAGGCCGGGCUGAGGCUGCGGCCCGAACACACCCGCGACCAGGCAGUUGGGCAAACUUCUCAGGACAACGACUCCUUCCCGUUUUUCUUUCUACGCCACACAGUGCAUUGUUUUUUCUACCUGCUUGUCUUAUUUUUAGAAUAAUUUAGAGAAACAAAACAGAGGCUGUUUUUCCUCAUUUUGGCAUGAACCCCCUUGUUCCAAACGAAGAUGGCGUUGUAAGUGGCUCGGAGAGAAGAGGAGGGUGUGGCGCACAGCGCGCUCCGGCCGUCGGCACCGGUCCCGGGACGUGAGGGCGCAGCGCCCUGGCCUGCGCGGGUGCCGUCCUGCUGACGUGGUAGGCUAGCAAUAUUUUGGUUAAAAUCAUGUUUGUGACUGUAACCAUUUGUAUGAAUUAUUUUAAAGAAAUAAAAACCCCAGAAAGAGC